UAGCGAAAAUACGGAUCUGCCUCCAAGGAAUGAACAAUGAACCUGGAGAGAGAUGCUGAACUGGUGAAAGUAGCAGGAUAGAGAGGAUCAGAACUUCAUAAGAGUGGCAUGGCAACCUGAUGCAUGUGGAAACUUUUAAGAUUCAUCAGUUACCAUGGUUAUGGACACAAAAGAAACUUUUACAAAUUGAUAUGCGAGUCAAUGAUCAAGUGCUACAUAGUGGUGUUCAAAAGUGAUUGCAGUUCCACUACCUGAUGUUUUUCUUUUCAUUCACUUUUGAUCUUUAAUGAAACAGGAGAGAAUAAGCGUAAAUAAGUGGUGAAUUUGUCAUUUAACACAUUGUUGAUGGUUCAGUGAUUUUAAACUGUCACUUCUCACACUAUCAGAUAAAAUGAGUGACUGUGACGAUUAUUUUGAUUGGGAUCCUCACGAGAACUACUAUGAUCCUGACUAUCACAGUCCUUGGAUUUCGGACAGCGAUGCAACCAAUACAUCUCAAGGAGACAUUUAUGGAUCCAGAGAUAACAAAUCAAAUGAGGUUAGCCAAAACUUCAAUGAUGAAAAUACAUUGCAACAGUGCAUACUUGCUGGAGCGACAGGUACGCGAGAAGUGAAAUCCCUAAAAGAGAUCAUUGAUUUUUCCACUUUAUCUGUUGAAAUGCGUCUACUUGGUAUCUGUAGUGCACUCUCUUGCGGUUGGAUUGAGGCAGCUAAGUUAUUCAUCUGGUAUGAGGGAACAGGUGCGAACUUUAACUUUUCCUUUUUCCAUAAUAAACGGACGAGACCUUUCAAUUUUGAGAGAAGUGAUGAUUUUUCAAGACUUAGUGGCAAUUUAGUCACUCUAGCGGUGGAAAGAGGAGAGGGUGCCGCUUUGAAGUUGUUGAUGAGUAUGGGUAAUGGAGAAGCGAAUAUUCACAAUAGGCUGAGAGGUCCUUUCACAAGUAUACACAUUGCAGUGCAGAGACAACAUGUGCAAUGUGUCCAAUGUCUUUUAAUACAUGGUGCAAAUGUCAACUCCCGAUAUCCGGUGGAUACAGAAAGUUGCGCGGGAAGUACCCUUUUGCAACGUGCAGUGGAGAAGGGUGACAUAUCUCUCGUGAAAGUGCUGGUAGGGUAUGGAGCAGACAUCAAUGCAAUAAGAUAUGACGGUUCAACAGCACUGAACAUAGCAGCAGCUCGAGGCUUCCUUGACAUUGCUAACUUACUGAUUCAAGAGGGUGCUGAUGUUAAUCUAGCACCAACUUCUCUUACCAUGACAAGAGAUGAAAUAAAAAAGAGGAAAGAUAAGGAGCUCCAACUUUUGAACUCAUAUCGAAUAGAAAAUACAUAUUUGCACUAUUUUAGAAUGAAUCCUGAAUGUCUAGUGGAGGCAUGUAGACCAUUGUUGUCAGCAAUUCAAAAUCAGCAAGAGAAGAUGGUAUGUCUCCUUUUGGAAAAUGGAGCUGAUGUCAACGCUAGAAGAUGGGACGGUCAUACAGCUUUAUUGCUGGCUGUUCAGAGCGGUUGUCCUCAAAUUGUUUUAAAUAUUUUGAAAUACUGCCCAAAAGAUGAGGAACGGAACAAGCGUGCACUGUAUUUCGCAAUUCAGUCCAUGGGGACAGAGGAUGAUGUUGCCAUUCUCCAGAAAUUAUUAGAAUAUGGUUUAAAAUUGGAUUCUACAGAUAAAACCAAUCCUGAUUUUUUGAGAUAUGCAGUUCGUGGGAAUUUCAUGGGAGUUGUUCGACAAAUACUUGAGUUUGGGGCUAAUCCAAAUGAAAGCUGUUAUGAAUGGAAUGAUUUCCAUCCUUUGCAUAUUGCCGUUAUUAAAGGACAUAAAGAUAUGGUCAAAUUACUCUUGAAGUUUGGGGCUGAUCCCAAUGCGAAGGAUAGAGAUGGAAAUAUACCUUUGCUCUAUGCAACUAUGCUUUCAGAAUCAGAGAUAGGUAAGAUAUUAUUAAUAAAUGGAGCAGACGCUUUAAGUGAUGAUCUCAUAAUGAUUUUUGCUGCUGCCAAUUGUGAUGCGAAAUUAGUGAAAAUCUUGUGUGAGAGAGGAUGCGAAAUAAACAAAAGAAUACUUGAGAGAAAGGUUUUUCACAGCUCUCAAGCCUUUUACAAAGUAAGAACAGGGAGGAUUCCAUCUCCUCAUCAACAGAAUGAAAGUUUCCUUGACUUUCUGCCAAAAGCUAUGGGAGAGCAGUCUACGUUUGAUUUCGAGCGACGAAAUCAUUUUUACAAUAGCUACAAAGUGACACCACUAUCUAUUUCUGCUCGUGCCGGUCGCUUAGAUACAGUCAGACUUCUGCUUGAGGAAGGUGUUGACAUUAAUUCAGGAGAUGAAAAUGGAUUUACAGCCCUUCAUGAAGCCGCUCAAGGAGGUCACCACGAGAUAGUGAAAAUGCUACUAAGCCUAGAUGCAAACAUCAAUGGAGAGUCGGGAUGGGGUACACCACUUUGUCUAGCAAUUACCACACAACGGUGGACAGUAGUUGAAUUACUGUUGAAAAAUGGAGCGAUAUACGGAAAGAAGGAGAAGCCAGGCGGUAAUUUGUACGAAAUAGUAAAAUCAAAUGCUCCAGAUAAUAUUAUUAAGUUGAUAGCAAAGGAAAAUUUUCUCGAUGAUCACUGGUAUCUUGCGGACUCUCUUGCAUAUGUCAUCAAACAAAGGAAGAUUGAGCUGGCUAUGUUCCUGAUCAACAAGUAUCAAGCUAGUUCUACAUGUUCUUUCGAUAAGCUUAAAGAAAUAUUUAUAACCUGUACUUCGACUGCUAUAAAGGAGAAUUUAGAGGGAGAGGCAAAUGAUUUGCUGGAUUCCAUUCUAAGGCUGGAAGGAUUCAAACUUGGCGAUAGCUACAGCAAGCUCUUUUUCAUUAGUGCAGAUAAAGGAAAUUUGAAUAACAUCACAAAAAUGUUAAAUCAUGGAAUAAAUGUUAAUACUGCUCAAGGAGGGGGGGAGAUAGCUCGAAGGAUGGACCCUUCCAGAUAUCCUUACAUUCAAGGACAAACAGCUCUACACAUAGCUGCAGAGGGGGGUCAUGUUGAUAUUGUCAAAAUAUUACUGCGAUAUGGCGCCUUGAUCAAAAAAAAAGAUGUGAAGCGAAGGUCAGCUAUUUUCUAUGCAAGUGAAAAUGGUCAUUUUGAGAUUGUUGAAAUUCUAGUGAAGCAUGGGAAUCAGCUAUGCCAGGAGACUGUUUUCUUGAAAGAACAGUUAGAUUCUGCAGACAAUAAGAGAAAAACCCCCCUUUUCAAAGCUUCAAAAAGUGGACACAUGGAAAUUGUGGAAUAUUUGUUGAAAUGUGGGAGUGCACCUGGAGUAAGAACAGUGCAUGGUGAGACUCCUUUGUCCAUUGCAUUAAGGAAAGGUCAUUUGAAUAUUGCUGAAAUGCUACUACAGAAUGGAGCGGCUAUAAACCCGAAAGACAACUGGAGACUAACACCACUUCUUAAAGCUGUGAAAAAAGGAUGUUACGAGACUGUGCAAUUUCUCUUAAAACACGGUGCUGCAACUGAAAUUGGAGAUGACAAGAAAAAUAAACCUUUAUUUCUUGCGGCACAAAAAAACUUUUUGAAAAUCUCUGAUCUACUCCUGAAAUCAGGAGCUGAAGUUAAUUGCUUCAAUUGGAAGAGGAAAACACCGCUUCACAUUGCUGUUGAAAAAGGAGCAUAUGAGAUGGUUGAAUUACUGUUAGAAUAUGGAGCCAAAGUCAAUGUUCAAGAUUCAGAACUGAAGACACCUCUCAUUAUUUCAGUCAUACAGGGGAAAAGUGAAAAUUUCCAAACAAAAGAGGUGAUUUCAAGUGAGAGCAGAAACAGGGUAAAGAUUUUUAAGACUUUGCUUACGCUCAAUGUCGAUCUUGAGCUACAAGACUGCAAUGGGAAAACUGCUCUCCACCAUGCUGUACAUGGGGUUAAUACUGGGAUGGUGAGGUUACUUGUAGAAUCUGGCGCAAAAGUUGAAUCGAAAGACAAAAAUGGAAAAGCACCUCUAUUUAGUGCUGUUAACAGUGGGUACGUCAACGAGACACCAGAAAUUAUUGAAACACUAUUGGCAGCUGGGGCUAAUAUAGACACUGCGGAUGCCAACGGCAGAUCUUUGAUAGUUUCGACUUUGUCUGCAUGCGAUAGAACUUUGUGCCUAAAGCUUCUACUAGAAUUUGGGGCAACCAUCAACAUCCAGCAAGCUAUGAAAGAAAUUGAACGAAUUUCACCUAUGACACGGACAUACAAGAAUAUUGAGAUACUUAUGAACCACGUCAUAAAAAUAGUGGCUGUAAAUAAGCAUGAUAAAAUUGGAGGCUUUGUAAAGUCAGCAGCAAGGUACAUGGUAGGGAUGAACGAGUUUAGAACUCAGUGCAUCUCAGAGGUUAAUCAAAUGAAAAAUGAAUACAUAGGUGAAACAGGGGUGACAUUUUUUGAGAUAUUGAUCAGAAAUCAUGGACAAUUAGCAUUGCUUGUGAAACAAGAGGAUAUCGCUCAAAAUUUCAACACAAAUGGGCUAGAAGACAAAUUCCCUAUCUAUGGGAGUCUUUUGAAAACUCGCCUUAAAAUAGGCAAAAUUCGAAAUGAUUUGAUAGAAGAGAGUGUAAAACUGAGUUGGUACCUAUUCAUUCACUACACAGUUCUUCCAUUCGAUGUUAUUGAAAAAGUGUUGAACUAUCUGAGCAAUGUUGAUCUGAAAAUGUUAAUCGUUACUUGUAAACCUAUCAGAGCAUCUCUUCUUGGUCUAACACCGAGUUCAAGUUUUGAAGAAUUGUGUUUGUUUGAUGACUGAGUGUGACAGGAUUGUAAAAUUACUUAUAAAAUCAGGAAAAAACUUUGAAAAAGUUCCUUGACGUUUUGCUCAGGCCAAAAGACUAUGGAUCCGUAUAUCCGUUAAAAUAAUCAGGACACCAUUUCCACUAACCUGUUCAUGUUUAUCAUCGUUUGAGGUGCAUUCUUGCAGACCAAAUUCCAUGUCCUGAUUUUUAUGUUCCGUGUCCACACAAUAUUCAGGAGCCACGUAAUUUUUCACCUGGAAUUCAAAUAAUAAUGUUUAUAAUUGUGGAAUUUUUACAUGUUAUAUUUGAGCUUACUUAAUCCAACAUAACAAUUUGACUGAUACAGAUUGAUAAAUUACUCCAAGAGUAAAACUUGACAGGACUGUUACCUCUCCGCUUGGUUUGCAACCUUUCUUGACCGGUCAAAGAACUUUAACAUAUUCAGUGUUUUCAGCAGUGCAUAAAAACGUAGGUUGGAGAAAUUUAAAUACUCAAAAUAAUCAGAGCAGUUGGAGUUUUUCAUUUAUUUAUAAUUUGCGUUUUACAUUACAUAUAAACUUGUGUUACAUAUAUAUUUAGGCUUAGUCUCAUUUAUAGUUUGUUACAUUUUUUCUUGUGUUAAGUUUCCCGAUUUUUAUUAAUUGCAACUGUCUACAAGAGAGUGAAAAGAAGCCAAUUUUAAAGAAGAGUGAUUUUUGACGAACUGUGUUGAAAAAUCAAAAUUUGAGCCGCCCAUAAGAUAGGAUAAGACAAUGCAUUGUUUGAUUUUAGUGCACAGUGGCUUUACAAAUGCAUUAAUAUACAUAUGAUAACAUUAAGUGGCUCAGCUGUCGAUGGAUUUUUUAACUAAAUAAAGGCACCCUUUUGAUCAACAAAUUUUUGAGAUUUUUGUUGUAACUUUUUAGAUUUACAUCUUUUUUCAAUUUUCAGGCAAUUCAUUGUACAUUUUUCUUCCUGUUUGCAUAAAUAUAUUAUCAGACCCGAAA